AACUUUGCCCUUCACCUUAAACCCUUCGCCCUCCCCACAACCGGGGAAUCUGAGCAGGUUUCUCUCUUCCUCAAAACCCUAGAAGCAGAUCUCUUUGAGAGAGAGAAAGGGAGAGAGAAUGUACCGUGUGCUCCUCCGCUCCCUAGCCACGGCGGCCGCCGCCUCCGGCCGCCACCCAUCUCCCUCUCGACUCCUGCCAGCAGUUCUCUCCCGCCACUUUGCCUUCUCUUCAGCCGAGGAGGCUGCGGCGGAGCGACGACGCCGGAAGAGACGGCUACGGAUAGAGCCCCCUCUCCAUGCCCUUCGCCGCACCCCUGCACCCCCCUCCCCCGACGCCCUCCGCCUUCCGGACUCCACCUCCGCCCUCGUGGGCAACCGCCUUAACCUCCACAAUCGCAUCCAGACGAUGAUCCGGUCCGACCGCCUUGACGAGGCCGUCUCUACCCUCCGGUCCUCCAUGUUCUCCAAUUGCCGGCCGACCGUGUUCACCUGCAACGCCGUGAUGGGUGCGCUCCUCCGAGCCCGACGCCUCGAUGAGGUGCUUACGAUCUUCCAGUUCUUCACCCGUUCUGGCGUCAUCCCGAACGUCGUCUCCUACAAUAUACUGAUCAACUCCCACUGCGAUGCCGGCCGCGUCGACGCCGCCCUCGAUGUCUACCGCACCAUCCUCGCGGACGCCCCGUUCAGUCCCUCCCCCGUCACUUAUCGCCACCUCACCAAGGGCCUUAUCGACGCUGAACGGGUCCCCGAUGCCCUCGCCCUCCUCCGGGAGAUGCUGGCCCGCGGCCAUGGCGCUGAUUCCCUCGUCUACAACAACCUGAUUGCCGCCUAUUUCGAUCUCGACAACAUCCCCAAGGCGCUCGAACUCCUUGAGGAGCUCCGCGAGCGCUGUCUUGUUUAUGACGGGGUCGUUCACGCCACCAUCAUGGAUCGCUACUUCAAGCGGGGGAUGGAGAAGGAGGCCAUGGAGUCGUACAAGUCCUUGUUGGAUAAGCAGUUCAACAUGAGAGAGACCACCUGCAAUUCGCUUCUCGAGGUGCUGUGCAAGUAUGGCAGGAUGGAGGAGGCGAUGGAUCUGUUCGACUCCAUGCUUCUCGCACACAAACCCCCGAAUUUUAUAGGGAUGAACGUGGAGUCCUAUAACAUCAUGGUGAACGCUUAUUGCGACCGUGGGGAAUUUGCCGAGGGGAUGGCGAUACUGAGGAAGAAGGGGCCGAAGCCUUGUGUUCUUGAUGUUUCGGUAUACAACAAUCUCAUGAAGCGGCUGUGGGCACAGGGGAUGGUUUCUGAGGUGGAAGAGCUCUUGAGUGAGAUGCCCGACAGAGGCGCAAACCCAGAUGCAGCUACGCUCGAACUGUUGCUCGAUGGGCACCUCGCAGCUGAUCGGGUGGAUGACGCAGUACGUUGUUUCGGGAAGGUGGUUGAUUCAGGCUUGAAGUCAGGAGCUGGUGUUUGCAAAAAAUUUAUUGAGGAAUUGAUGAAGCGGUCUAUGUUGGCGGAGGCAGAGCAAGUUUUUGCGAAAAUGGCAACUGGAGAAGUGAAACCAGACUCAGAAACGUACGCAACUAUGUUGAAGACAUACUUGGAGAUGGAAGGGAAAUUGGAAGAAGGAUGGAAAAUGCUGGAAGAGAUGGUGAAAAAUGGAGUCUUGAUCAGCCCUGCUGUGCGGGAGAUGGCCACAGAAGUUUUUAAGAGGGAAGGAAGAAGCGAAGAGUUAGAAAGGCUACUUCAGGAAAGUGCAAAUCAGCAGAAUGGAAGUGCAAAUUCUGGCUCUCAUGGAAAGACAAAUGCUUCAUAUUUGUUUGGGAACGCAGUUCCAAGGCCAUAUGGAAAUCUGAAUGCAAAUCCAGGUUCAUAUGGGAUGAAUGCAAAUAAGCAGAAUGGGACCGCAAAUGCAGGGCCUUAUGGAAAUGUGAAUGCUCCAUACAUGAAUGGCAAUGCAGUUCCGAGGCCAUACGGGAAUGUAAAUGCAAAUCCAGCUCCACACGUGUAUACAAAUGCAGAUCAACAGAAUGUGAGUGCAAAUCCAGGUCCAUAUGGAAGUGGGAAUGCUUCACACAUGAACGGUAGUACAGCUCCCAGACCCUAUGGGAGCGUGACUUCCCCUGUUAAUCCUUAUGGAAAUGCAAGUGCAUAUCCAACUGGAUAUGGGACUCCAAAUGGUAAUGUGAAUCCGGGUUCAUAUGGGAAUUCCAAUGGAAGCACAAACCCAAGCUCAUAUGGGGAUUCAAGCAGGAAUGCAAAUCCAAGCUCGUAUGGAGGUUCAAGUAGAUAUGCAAAUACAAGCCCUUAUGGAAGUUCAAACGUGAAUUCAGACGGGAACAUCAACCCAAGUCCGUAUGGAAAUUCAAGUGGAUAUGCAAAUACAAGCCUCUAUGGGAGUUUGAACGUGAAUUCAAACGGCAACACAAGUGGAAGUCCAUAUGAAGAUUCAACUAAAUAUGCAAAUCCAAGCCCAUAUGGGGGUUUGAACGUGAAUUCAGACAGAAACACACAUCCAAGUUCGCAUGGCUACUCGUAUGAAAAUUCAAGUGCAAAUGGAAAUCCAAGUUUAUAUGGGAAUCUGAAUGCAAAUCUAGGUACAUAUGGGGAUACAAGAGCAAAUGCGAAUCCCCCUCCGUAUACAUAUGGGGAUACAAGAGAAAAUGCAAAUCCCUCUCCGUAUACAUAUGGGAGAGCAAAUGCAAAUCCCCCUCCAUAUACAUAUGGGGAUACAAGAGCAAAUGCAAAUCCCCCUCCAUAUACAUAUGGGGAUACAAGAGCAAAUGCAAAUCCCUCUCUGUAUACAUAUGGGGAUACUAGAGCCACUGCAAAUCCCCCUCCAUAUGUGAAUCCUGUGGCAAAUACAAAUCCAUAUGGGAGUACACAUGCAACUGCAAAUUAUAACAUGAACAAACAUGCAAAUACAGGUGGUGGUUCUCCUUUGCCUUCAUCUUAUUCAGCUGAUAUGGAAGAACCUAAAUUUGCACAUGAAGAACAGUGAACAUGCACUAUCAAGAGCCACUCCGCAUGGACGGGGUGAAAUCUAAUCCUCUGUGAAGAUUGAAAUACCAGCACAGUUAAUUGCCGCCUGUGGAGUGGCUGAAGCAGAAACAGCUACUUCUAAAAUUUAAAGUAACAGGAAGAAAAAAAAAUGCCCUUAUAUUCAAAUCUGGCCGACCUAUAUUAUGAAUGGGCUGUUGCUGGUAGAGGUGGCCCAUUGAUGAUGGUUGAGUUCACUGCAUCUCGGGAAAACUGUGAUCUGGUGUCAGCAGAGAUGGGCCUCGCCAUAUGCCCACUUAUUUGAGGCAGCAAGGCUUUCUCUCCAGUGUUGCUACACAGAACAGGCUGGUGAACCCAGGCCAGGUAUUUCAAAUUUUCAAGUACAAGGGACGAGAAAUGGUGGUCUUAAUUUGAUUGUUGUCGACCAUUUUUCAAUAAUAUUCAUUGGUGCUCUAAUUCGUUAAGUGGCAAGCAGAUCAGUCCCUUCUCCUUUUCAAAGGUCAUCUUAUCUUUUGUACAUAGCAAACAUGUUCUUAGUUAUUGUAAGGUGUUGCGGUUAUGUUAAUCUUGAAAGCGGCUGAACAGAUUGACUGAUAUAAUGUGCUCGAAGAGUUUGGUCCCUCUUCAGUAAAAAGGUUGAUAUUUGGUUUCA